AUGGAAUUGAAGAGGAUCAAUAACAAUAACUCAUUGACCUCACAAAGGUCAUCUUCUGGAACCACACCCACAAGGCUCUGCAAGAAAUCCCCAAGAAAUGCCACUUCACUCCUUUCGCGUUUAUCUAUUCUAAUAUUUGCCUUAUCAUGUGCUAUUCUUGUAAAUACUGCUUCAGGGGCGGCAGGUAACAGACGAAAGAAGGAUGGCUUCGUGUCACCUACUUUAAUAGGAUUUGGCGAAUUAUCCAUCGAACAAUCAGAAGAAUUCAAAAGAAUGGCUUGGAAUAACUGGAUGAACCGAUUAGAAUCCGACUGGAAACAUUUUCACGAAUCUGUUGAAGAAGCUAAAGCAAAAUGGCUUCGCGAAAUGGACGCAUCUUGGGCUGAUUGGCUUCGAUCUUUGCACAAUAAAUGGUCUAGCUAUAGUGAAAAAAUGCUUAAAGAACACAAUUGUAAUGUUAUGAAAGAAUCAGCCAAAUGGAAUGACGCGCAAUGGGUAACUUGGAUAAAAACUGAUGGAAGAAACAUUCUAGAAGCUCAAUGGGAAAAAUGGAUUAAAAAAGCUGAUGAUAGUUUACAAAAAUUAAUCUUAGAUAAAUGGAUUCAAUGGAAAAAUGAUAAGAUCCGAUCCUGGUUAUCCAGUGAAUGGAAAACCGAAGAAGAUUACUACUGGGCACAUAUAGAGCGCUCCUCAACAGAAAAAUGUAAAUCUAUUUCAUUUGGCACACAGGAAGGGCCAGUUCUAUGUAUAUGCGCAAAAGACGAAUCAUUCGAAUUAAACAACUCCCUCAAAACUAUGGAAACAGUUAGCAAUUACCAAGAACUCGAGCCAGAAACCUUGUCACUCCCUGAGCUACAGGAAAAAAGUACGUACUCCUCACUGAGUAGUUAUGAAUAUCCUAGCACGACAAGUAUAAUAAUCGGAGUUCUUCUUUUUGCAUUUUUACUUUUCAUCAGUCAUUUUUUUCAGUUCCACCCUACAAUAAGAAAUAAAAUCAGAAGGUUCACCAGAAACGCAAUAUUGUUUAACACUGUACAAAAGGAAAAUGUGAAGAAAGACGGAAAGGAAUUACCCGGCAAAAGUUCGACCAAUACAGAGAGCAAGGAAAAGGACGCGAAAAAUAACAACCAGAUAAAUAAGGCCAGGCAAAAUAAUGAACCAAAGCAAGCAGACGAUAACAAUAUUAAAAGGAUAAACAAAAGUGCCGAAAAAAGGGAACACAGAUAUAACACUGCUUUAAAAGGAGAUGAAGCAAAAGUGCGAACAACCAAAUCAACUGAUGAUAGACAGAAAAGUCAAACGAGUUUACUGGAUAAAAUAAUAAAGACAAAACAAAUGAGAAAAGGAGGAAUGAAAAAACUUAUCAAGAAACCAACUAUGCUCCAUACCAAAGAUUACAAUGAUAAAGAUUCAACGGAAGAUUUACAAGAGGAAAAAUCAACGGAAUGGAAAAAUAACCAAUGGAAUAUCUGGAAGAAAAAAAAUGAAGACGAAUGGAAAAUUUUUAAUACAUCCAUUGAAAAUGAAAAAGGCAAUUGGCUUCAAGGAAUUGAAAAGGAAUGGCAGGAAUUUCUAGAUGCUAUGCAAAAUAAAUGGAUUUACUAUAACAGAAAAAUGGACGCAGAAUACCAAAUCAACGUUCUGGAAAAAUCUCCACAAUGGGAUGACACGCAAUGGAUAGAAUGGAUUAAAACAGAAGGAAAACAAUUUAUAGAACAGGAAUGGAAAACAUGGCUUGCUCAGAAGGAAGCACAUCUGAACGACUGGGUGGUAAAUAAAUGGAUACAGUGGAAAAACUCGCAGAUUAUCCAAUGGUUAAUGACUGACUGGAGGCUCCAAGAAGAGGCUUCAUGGUCAAAUUAUGAAAAUUAUAAAAUUACAUACAUGCUACAAAGAAAAAAGAGAAAAGAAUGGAACAAAUGGAAAGAGCGCAUCAACAGGGAAAGGGAAGAGUGGGACGCUUGGGUCCGCUCCAAAGAAAAAAUAUAUAUAAAUACUAAAUGGAAUAAAUGGUCUAAAUGGAAAAAAGACAAACGAUUUAUAUUUAGUAAAUGGGUGGAAAUGUUUACUAACACGCUGAUAAAUGAGCGGCAAUGGGAAAAAUGGAUUAAAUCAUAA